AUAUAUAACGAGAGUUUAGAAGACUUUUGGCCAAAUGUCCGCAGUGACUCUGAGAUAGCUUAUUAGUUAUGUGCCCUAAAUAUAUAUAUAUUUUUUUUAGAAACCGAGAAAGUUACAUUGGAUUUACAAGUCAUUCCAACUUCGUCACCAAUGAGUAGUGAUUGGUCGGUGUCGGGGUCGUCAUCACCAACAUUAUGCACUCCGCCUAAUUCUAGCUCAUCACAGCUAUCAGCCAUUUCUCCAUGUUCAAGCCAGUCAAGAAACAGUGAACCAAGCAACAGACCUUCCACAUCUCAGAUACUGAAAACAUGGCCAGAAACUUUCCAGGUCCCUUGGGAACAAAUGCCACAGGAAAUUCGUUCUGCAAUUGCAGAUGGCAAGAGACCUAAACCAAUGGAGCGACGUCAGAUGGUACGAGUACUCGCGGAUGAAAUGAGAAGGUAUGAGGCUAACCCCACUCGCGCACAAUGCCUAACUGUGGUUCGAAAUAUCAUCAGGCAGUACCCAAAGAGUUUUGCUGAUAUUGCACCAGAUGGGUCACUUCUGUGUGGAGGUUACACAUCACUUUUGAUUCAAUUGAAAAACCGCAUUGAGAAUUUGAACCGUGAUGGAAGCUUCUCAUUCCACCGAUCCUCUACAGCCAAGAGGGGUCCAACUGACACAUACGGAUGUACACGAUUUCAGCCAGAGCUGCCCCCAGAAGAAACUGAUGAAACUGUGGAACAGCACCGCCAGAGACUGGAGGAGAUUUAUAAACAGGAGGGAGCAGGUGGAGCAGAAAGAGCAGAAGUAAAAAAUCUAAUGGAGCUCACAUUCUCUCUACAACGUCGCCAUAUAAAUACAAUUCCACCACCUGACAUUGAAGAUGUGAAAAGCAAAUGGCCUUUUCUUUUCACGCCAAGGUAUAUAUACGGCCAUUUUGAGUUGCUCACAGACAUCAAUGUGCUUCGUAGCUUGGAACUCAGCAUGCAGGAAUGUGGAAGAGCCAUCACAGAAUACUUCAGGGGAAAACCUACCAACAAAAAUGUCAAAGAUAUCCUCUCUAAUGGUGAAGAUAAUGAGAUGGCACUUCGUGUUGUUCAGCUGCUCAUGGCACACUUUGGAGAGGACAUAACUGGGCUGAUCCUUCUUACAGAUGUAAGUUUUAUUUUUUCUCUCUUACCCUGUGUUUUAAAGGGUGACUCCACCAGUCUUCAGUGUCCAGACGCCUAA